GCAAUCAAUCAAUCAAUUACCGCCACUGUUAGAAUUCUAUACUGAAAACAGUGAGUGAAUUGCACCAAUAUAAUUGAAAAUCUAUACAAAGAGCUCUAAAACAGUUAUUUCUAUGCAGAUCGCAUUCAUAUAACAUUAUCUUCUUCAUUCUGAGAACAGAAAUAAAUGGACUGAUAAAAUAACACUUUCUUCCUGCUGUCAGUAACUAAAAUUACUUCUGUGCAUGCCUAAAUAUUAAAAAAAAACGUGUUUUCUGUUCAAUUUCAUGUAAUUAAUAAUCUGUUCAUGCCGUGUGUGUUAUACGCUUUCUGGCAGAAGGAGAUAUUAUUAUUGAAGGCAAUAUACUGCCUUGACAAUAACAUUCUAUAUUGUGUCACUAAAGUGUGACACAUUACUGUUUAUUUUUGCGAGAAGUUUUUCUAAUAACAUAUAACAUUCAUUUUGCAGUGUGUCUAAGAAUGCACUCAUUCAAUAAUGUAUUAAAUGUAAGGUAAUUUUCUACAUAACUAUGUUCAUUGUUUUAGCAGUUUUUUUUGUAAAAAAACAAAAGUUGAAUAAUUUAAUUUAGUUUUGUAUGUAUGUUAAAAUAGAAAUAUUAUAAAAGUUUGUGGGGAAAAAAUUUUGCAUCUCAAUAUAAUUUAAAUUGAUCCUUUCUCUGACACACCUAUUAAUAAAUCAUAUUCUUGUUAUAAAGUUAUCAUAUUUCCACCAUAUUUUAUUUUGCUUAUUUAAAAAAUGUAGUCAUAGUAAAAGAUUUGAUACAACAUGAUCAUUUUGAAUUAUGUGUUAUUGAAGGCCUCUUUAUGCUAUUAAAUGACUUACUUUUGUAGUGAAAAUUAUUUUGAAUUAUUGCCUUCAUUUUUUUAAUGACUAAUUAUUUUUCCAUUAUCUAGUAAUAGCUAUUUGUUUCAAAUAAAAACCAAAAAUUUUAUUUUGAAUAGAAAAUUUAUAUUUUUUCUUAUAUUUCUGUAUUUUUAUUUUAAAUCAUUGCAAAGUGAAUAUAUGUCUUCAUUUCUUGCAGCAUAUUCAUGAUUGUUAUUCUAGAGAUCUUACUCAACUACACACAAUUUAUCUACACUUAUGAUUUAAUUUUUUCUCAGAAAAGUAAACAUAUACUGUAAAAGUGUUUUUCAUCCUGUAAGAUAAUUUUUUCAAAAAGAAGUAAUCUCACUAAACACUGCAAAUUUAAUACUGGUGAGAAAUCCUAUUCUUGUAGCAUAAGAAGAGUAUAAUAAGAAUUUUUCACAAAGAGAUCUAACUAGGCACAAUCGUGUUAAUAUGGGUGAGAAGCUUUAUUCUUGUAUAUGUAAUAAGAGUUUUUCCUGUAGAAGUCUACUGGCAGUACAUUACCGUGUUCAUACAGGUGAGAAGCCUUAUUGUUGUAGUGUAUGUAAUGCGAAUUUUACACAAAGAAGUAAUUUGACUCAACAUAGUCAUGUUCAUACAGGUGUGAAGCUUUAUUCAUGUACUAUAUGUAGUAAGAGAUUUUCAUCAAAACAUGAUUUGACUCAACAUACUCGUGUUCAUACUGGUGAGAAACCGUAUUCUUGUAGUGUGUGUAAUAAGAGUUUUGCGCGAAAAGGUCAAUUGACUGCACAUAGUCGUGUUCAUACAAGUGAGAAGCCUUAUUCUUGUAGUAUAUGUUAUAAGAGAUUUUCAUUUAAAGGUUAUUUGGCUCAACAUAGACGUGUUCAUACUGGUGAGAAACCUUUUUCAUGUAGUACAUGUGAUAAGAGAUUUUUAAGUAGAGCUUAUUUGACGCUUCACAAUCGUGUUCAUACUGGUGAGAAACCUUAUUCUUGUAGUGUAUGUAAUAAGAGUUUUGCAACAAAAGGUAAAUUGACUGAACACAGUCGUGUUCAUACAGGUGAGAAGCCUUAUUCUUGUAGUAUAUGUUAUAAGAGAUUUUCUGUAAAAAGUAAUUUGACUAAACAUAGUCGUGUUCAUACUGGUGAGAAACUCUUUUCUUGUAGUAAAUGUAAUAAUAGAUUUUCAAGUAGAGCUUAUUUGACGCUUCAUGAUCGUGUUCAUACUGGUGAGAAACCUUAUUCUUGUAGUGUAUGUAAUAAGAGUUUUGCACAAAAAGGUAAAUUGACUGCACACAGUCGUAUUCAUACAAGUGAGAAGCCUUAUUCUUGUAGUAUAUGUUAUAGGAGAUUUUCACAAAAAGGUAAUUUGACUCGACAUAGUCGUGUUCAUACUGGUGAGAAACCUUUUUCUUGUAGUAAAUGUAAUAAGAGUUUUUCUGAAAGAGAGAGUCUAUUUANUUUGACGCUACAUAGUCGAGUUCAUACCGGUGAGAAACCUUAUUCUUGUAGUAUAUGUAGUAAGAGUUUUUCUCAGAGAGAGAGUCUAUUUAGGCACAUUCGAGUUCAUACCAAUGAGAAACCUUUUUCUUGUAGUAAAUGUAAUAAGAGUUUUUCUGAAAGAGAGAGUCUAUUUAAGCACAUUCGAGUUCAUACCGGUGAGAAACCUUAUUCUUGUAGUAUAUGUAGUAAGAGUUUUGCUCGAAGAGCGUGUCUAUGUAAGCAUAUUCGAGUUCAUACCGGUGAGAAACCUUAUUCUUGUAGUAUAUGUAAUAAGAGUUUCAGACAAGGAAGUCAAUUGACUCAACACAGUCUUGUUCAUACAAGUGAGAAGCCUUAUUCUUGUAGUAUAUGUUAUAAGAGAUUUUCAACAAAGGGUACUUUGACUCGACAUAUUUUUGUUCAUACAGGUGAGACGCCUUAUUCUUGUAAUAUAUGUAAUAAGAAAUUUUCAGGUAGAGGUAAUUUGACUCGACAUAGUCGUCUUCAUACUGGCGAGAAACCUUAUUCUUGUAGUAUAUGUAAUAAGAGUUUUUCAAAAAUAGUUCUUCUAAAUAAGCACAUUUGUGUUCAUACUAGUGAAAAACCUUUUUCAUGUAAUAUAUGUAAUAAGACUUUUUCAAGAAAGGAUUACCUAACUCAUCAUAUUCAUGUUCACAUUGUUUAGGAACCAUAUUCUUGUAUACAAAAAAAAAGUUUUUUUUUUCUACUUACAUUCUAAUGAUAUGUUUCAAAAAAGUUUUUUUUCUUUCAAAAGACUGACUUAAAUGCUUGUGUUUGCACUGGUGUGAAAAAGUUUUUUGUUGUUCAAUAACGUAAUAAGAGUUCUUCUCAGAAAUGUCAUCUGACUAAAUACUGUGUUGUUCCUACUAGCGACAAAGCAUAUCUUUGAAGUAUGUGAUGAAGUAGGUUUUUUUUUUUUAAAUUAUGGUGAUCUGAAUUUUUACACUCGUGUUCUUACUGGUUGAGAAACCAUAUUCUUGUAGCGUCUGUAAUAAAUCUUUCUUAACAAGAGCUAAUCAAACCGUUUUGUUGACCCUGCUAAGAAACCUAAUUCUUGUCGCAGAUGUCAAAAGAAUCUUUCUUAUAGCAUUCUGAUUCAUACUGGUGCAUUCAUUUUUACAGCAUAUGUAAAAAGUAACUGACUGAACACAGACCAUUUCUCACUGAGGAAAAAUUUUCUUCUUGAUUCCAUUAUAAGUAAAAAAAAAAUCACGGAAGUGUCAUUAGACUUAACACAAUUUAAUAAAGCUAAAAUGUUUUUUUCUUUUUAAAAUAUUUUAUAAUGCAGUUUUCAUUGUAUUUUUCUGUUUUUACACUUAUGUAUUGCCUGUAAAUAAGCUCCAGUAUUGAAAAGUUGUGGAUUAAAAUGCAUUGUUGUAAAUACAUCUUAGUAGAAGUUGUAACCUUGGUUACUGGUUAUAAAUUGUCCUUUAUUCUCUCCAUUAAAAUCCUGAGUUGUAAGUAAUAUUUUUUAAUAAUAAUAAUAAUAAAGCUUAAAUAGCAGCCUUUAAUUAAAAUUACAUGUAACAUCUUUUAUUUGAUGAAUGUUUUGAAAUAAAUAAAUUUGGUUUAAUUGCAAGUAUGAAACAAAUGGAUGAAGUAAUAUUUGCUUCUUAAAAUCAAUUUCUUGUGCUUCAAUCUAAAUAAGUUUUCCUCAUUUUAUCAAUCUUAAAUUUAUGUUACAGAAAUAUAACUGUACUGAAUAUUAUGACAGUUUUUUAAAUGAUUACUUGAUAUAAAUUUUGUUAAUCACAUUUGAAUGUCUUAGAUUGUAUAAUUUAUGAAACUUUUAAAAAAGAACACAAAAGAUAACUCAAACUAUUAAAAAAUCGAAAUUCGUUAAUUAGUAAGGUUUUGUUUAAAUUCUAAAAACUGUAUUUUGCUAAUUGAUUAUGCUAAAUAAUAAAAUGUUAAAAUAAUUUUAAUGUGUCAUUUGUAAUUACUUUCACGAAAUAAUUUCAUGAAAUAAUUUUCUCGUUAUGAGAUGUUUAUAUAUGUAAGUGUACGGGUGAGAUAUUUAUUUACUAUAGUCCUUUUCUUAUAAAGGUUCAGUGAAAUUUAAAUGUCUUACACAAAUUAUUGUAUUUUAUUAUUCUGUAUAUGGUAUAUGUUAUUCUGUAUAUGUUCAUUUAAUAUUAGACUUUGUAUAACAACAUAAUAGUUAAAAAGUAAGAAAUAAACUUUCAAAAAUAUUUCAUAA